CACAGGCAUUAUAUCUUUGUUCUAUUGCGACGCGUUAGCAAAAGGUUAACGAUUUCUUCUUUGUAUUUGAUGAACAUAGACAAGAAAAGUUUGGUGCACGGUUGUAUAAAUACCGCAAGAAAGUGGAGGGUCUUCAUUCACACCGGCGCUCCUCUUCCUUGACCACCUCCGUCAUCCUGUGGUGAAAAACAACAGUGGAUCACAGAAUCUUCACAAUGUUUCGCCUGCUUUGCUCCGUUCUCCUGUUAGUGGUCGCCCCAUGCAUGGGCCAUUUCUGGGGUGGAAUUCAUGGAGGGCUUUUGGGAGGACCUUUUGAUGGGCCUUUUGGAGGACCUUUUGGCUCCUGGCCCUUCCCUCCUCCUGGCCUUUUCAGUCCUGGUUUCCCCACAACCCCACAACCAAUCCAAGUUCCACAGCCACAGCCACAGCCUCAGCCACAACCCAACGCUGGAUGCCCAAGAGUGGCAUCUGCGUGCACGGGCAGGGCAGCAAGGAUCAGCAACUCUCUCGUCGGCGACCUUAUCCAGAACACCAUCAAGAACACCGACCAAAAUGGAGACGGCACCGUAACCGUCGCUGAGCAGAUUCAAGACGCCAUCAACAGCUACGACACAAAGACCACGGACGGCUGUGUGACCCGGGAGGAGUGGCUGGCUGCACGCAGAGAUCUGGGCUUCUCGGACGAGCUGAGUGCCGCCCUCAUCGACAACUACGCCACGCCCUCCUGCAGCGGCUUCUUGGUCGGCAGUCUGGUGUCCAGUCCCAGUGAAUCAGUGGACUUCUAUACCAACGUCCAGUUCCAAACGCUCAUCGACUUGUGUGAAGGGCAACAGGACCUCUACAACACGAGCUGUAACUGCGCCCAGCUCCCCGCCUCCUGUCGCGACAAUCGUUUCUCCGGCCUCGCCUCCUGCUCUGCCUACCUGCCCAAAAUCACCAGCCGCAAGGAGUGCGUUUUUGGCAACGCCCCAGCCACGCCCACCACACAAGGUGCCCCCACAGGGACCGCCCCCGGCUCUACUAACUUAACGAACCUCCAGCAGAUCUGCUCCCAAGCUAGAGCGGCGGGCUCCCGGAACCCAUUCCUCUUGCGUAUCUGUGCGACUUUACCACGCAGAAAUUGAGACAGAGGGGAGUAGCAAGAAGAAGGAACCCAGCAUCUAGUUGUUCACAAACACAAAAUUUCAUCGUUGUCCCGGGCAUUGACGAAAAUGAUGUAGUGUGGUCAUUUUAGUUUGAUGUCUCGCCCCCACCCCCCCCCCCCCACCCCCGCCAC